AAGCACCACUUCUCUUGUGUUUGGAUUUCAACUAAUUUCAUCAGUUAAAGAGCACUUUACAUGGGGACGGCUACGUUUGUUUUAAUAUCAUCCUAGGAACAUACUGAUAGAACCAGAGUGAAGGAAGCAGCAAAACCUACAUCUUCCUCUUCAGAGAUGGAUGUGGGAAUAUUGGAGAUCCCGGCAGAACUGUCGUCCCGAUUACGCAGUGCAGCAGGACGUCCUCAAGGAUCAGGAGUAACAGAAGUAGCUCUGCCGCAGGUCAAAGCAGACCACAACCUCUCACUGCCCCAAGACAUUAACAGACACCCUUUCUCCCAAUAUGCCAACACAGUCCUGAAGGAUGGAUGGUGCCAACCGCAGGGUUUCCCGCUUCAGAAGCCUUUGACUUCUCUGGACUAUGAUGAUGCCCGUACAGCUCUAGAAAUCUACAAACUGAUCCUGCGUUUCACAGGUGACUCUGAUCUGACUGGAUGGCAAGAGCAGAUGUUGGGGAACUACAUCGUGGAGAAGAGCCAAUCACAGCCCAGCAUCGGAGAUGAGAUUCUAGCUCAGCUGGUGUACCACACUUGGGACGGGGAUAAUGAGGAGAGUACCCUGCGGGGCUGGUUGCUCCUGGCCUGCUGUCUGAGUGCCUUCACACCCUCUCCUGCCUUGGAGAAACCCCUCCUUAAGUACGUGUCUGACCGAGGUCCAGGGGAGUACCGCUCUCUGUGCCAGCACAAGCUCCUCACAUCCCUCCAGCUCCCCUCCCCUGCCUGCAGACGACACCCUCCGAGUCAACUCGAGUGGACAGUCAAUCAGAGAAAAGGAAAGAUGGUGGUGGAGGUUAACACUUUCAAUGAGGAAAGGUUAACUGUGGAAGUGGAGUCUUGGACCUCAGGGGAACAACUGGCCUCUUGGCUUCUUAGCUACAGGGGUCUGACUGAAGCUACACGGGGCUGGUCUGUGUCUCUGCUGGCUGGGGAGGGUUGGACCGACCUGGCAGGCUGUGACUUUGUAAUGGAUCUCUUGGCUGGAGUGGAGGCUGAUGUGCCCCUGGGUCACCCACCCACUCAAACCGAUUACCUCUUUGGCAACACAGGUGACAGGAUGGCAACUGCAGACCUGGAUGACUUUAUACCUCCUGCUCCCCCUAUGCAAGCCCCUGGUCUCCCACCCUUUGUAGCAUACCCAUGGGACACCUAUGAACCCUCCUCCACAUCCCAGGGAUCUCGUGGUCGACAGAUGGAUUCUUACGUUGAUGACCUUUUUGAUCCUGUGUUUGAUCAGGGUCCUGGGGACUUUGAACGGAUGGCCAUGCUGAAUCGUAGAAUGAGAGGAGGAGGAGGCAUGAUGCCCAGCAUGUACGCCGGAGCAGGAAUGCCAAUGAAUCCUGCCAUGGCUGGCUAUGCUGCCACACCAAUGAUGCCAAACAUGAUGCCCGCUACUAUGCCCAUGAUGCAACAAAUGCAACCCAUGCAAUCUAUGAUGAUGCCAACUGCAAUGCCACAAGCCGUACCUGCUGCAACACCGGCUGUCAACACACAGCACAUGGAGGCUCAGCAACAGGCCUUUAUCAAUCAACAGGCUCUGCUUCUGGCUCAGCAGAUGACCAUGCAGGCGAUGACACUGUCCCAGAAGCAGCAGCAGGAAGAGGUGCGAAAACGUGAAAAGGAGUCACAGAGACAGUCACCACGUCAGCGGCGGCGCUCUCCUCCACGUGCACGUUCACCUUCACGCUCACCCUCACCCAAACCCCGAAGCCGCCCCCAGGUAGAAAGAGCCAUCCCUCAGACCCCCAAAAAAGCCUCAGAGACCCUUCCAAAGCCCCGCAGGCCAGAGGCACAGCCUGAGACAGAGUUAGAUCACAAGGAAGAUCAAGAAUCCUUUCAAGAUAAGAGGGAUUUUUUUCAAAAGAUUGGUACGUCAGAAGCACGCCCAAAGCCUUCGUCAAAGGUUGCUAAGCCACUGAUAUACGCCACUCCACCGGUGACCCAACCCAAAUCACCUCCGCCAGUAAAGACUGAAGUGAAUCCACUCCCAGUACCUCCUAACAUCCAAGAACCUGAACCAGAACCAGAACCAGAAUCUCCAGAACCAACAUCUCCUAAACCAGAACCUACUAGUAAAAUUAGAGAGAUCAUCAAGCAGUACCAGAGCCGGCCCUCUCCAGAACCUAAAGCCUUCGAGCCUGUCAGGGUUCCGGCCAAGCAAUUUCUAAAGAAAAAUGACCCCAAAGAUGAGGCGCUGGCCAUUCUCAAAUCUCAGGGACCUGUCACUCAGCAGAAGAAACAGUGGGAAGAGAAGCCUCCUUCACCCCCUCAGCCCCCUGAGUCCCAUGGUCCUCGUGCCAUCUCUAACGAUAUGAAACAGAAGCAGCGUUCACUAGCUGAUCUCUUCGGCUCACAGCGUUCGCAUGCUCUGCCUCGAGCUCGUGAGCCCAUCCCUCCUCCAUCUCCCAGCAUCCCCGACCCACCACUGAUGUCUCCACCUGGACCUAAUCAGUUCAACAGGAUGGCUGAGGAGGAGAGUGUUCGCUCCCAAUUGCACAGAUUCUCUGCCAGCGUUUACUUUUCCUACCCCAGUAUGCCUGGCAAACUCUUCCUGCGCAAGGAGCUGUUUUAUCCCAGGGAAAAAUUCAACCACCCAUACAUACUUAAUUUACUCUGUGAGCAGAUCAUGCGAGACACUUACUCAGAUUCUUGUCCGAGGAUUUCACGUGAAGAAAGGCGUAAAAUGAAAGACCUUUUGGCGAGCUUCCAUAUCAGAACCAGUAUCAGUUCACUAGAUGAUGCUAUGAAGAAAAGAAUUGUCAUGGCAGCAAGAGACAACUGGUCCAAUUAUUUUGCACGUCUCUUUAAUGUGAAGGUGGGGAACGGAGGAGAUGCUCAGAUUCUGGGAGUGUCACAUAGAGGAAUCAGACUGCUGAAGGUGGCCAGAGCUUCAGGCAUAAACCCCAAACACCUCAAACUGCUCCACAGCUACAGUUUUUCACAGGUUUUGUCAGUACAGCAACAAGCGGCUGGAAAAGUUGUGAUCACUUUGAGUAAUGAGGAGUUGGAACUUCACUCUCAACAAGCACCACAGAUCGCUGCUGUGAUUCAUCUCUUCCUCAUGGAGCUGAUUACGGUUUUGUCAGUACAGCAACAAGCGGCUGGAAAAGUUGUGAUCACUUUGAGUAAUGAGGAGUUGGAACUUCACUCUCAACAAGCACCACAGAUCGCUGCUGUGAUUCAUCUCUUCCUCAUGGAGCUGAUUACGAACUCAGACUAUGUGAUCGCUGUGAAGAGCUAUGUGACAGAUGACAAGAGCUUGCUGUCCUUUCACAGAGGCGACGUCAUCAAAAUCCUGAACAUGGACGGCCUCAAGGACGAAUGGAUGUUUGGUUCCAGUGGGGGCCGUUCUGGACUCCUUCCGGUGGACGUCACUCAGCCUUGUGCCCCACCAGACUACCACAGCAGCAACAUGGAGCGGCAGCUUGAGCGGAAAAAGAGUAUGAGACUCACCGGCUCUUCCCUCAAUGGCCCUGUCACCAACAUGCCUGUCAAUGGCUCCGUUUCCAACACCCCUGUUACCCGCUCAGUGGCUGGCAGUGAAUACAGUGUGGAAGUGGGGUUCAUCCAGAGAUCUGAAUCAGAACGUCAGAAGUAUAUCAUGACUGAGUUUGCCAAGAAGUUCUUCACAGAUGCUAUCAACAGGUGA